AUGAUAAAAGAUGUGUACGAAGAAAAAAAUACAAGAUAUUAUAAAAAGAAUCUCCCUCCCCCUAUUGUUAAGCAUGAAGAUGGCAGUAUCAUAGUAUGGGCCUGUUUUUCAGCAGAUGGUGUCGGAAAUAUACAUAAAAUUGGGGGAAUAAUAAAUUUAAGAGAAUGUGCAAGAAUUUUAGACACAAAUUUGGCAUGUUCAGCCAAAAAACUUAAAUUGAAAAAUUACAUUUUUCAACAGGAUAACGGUUCCAAACAUACAAGCAAGCAUGUGAGUAAAUAUUUAAUAGAUCGAAAUAUUAACACUAUGAUUUGGCCUGCACAAUCACCCGAUUUGAAUUAUCUUUAG